UAAAACAAAACAAAUGAUAAUAAUACGACUGUCGAAUAACAGCUAUGAUGUGAAUUGGAGCUACUCUUUUUAAAAUUUCAAAACUAACGAAUAUGACGAAAUACCACUUUCACUAACGUACGAAGACGGUCGAACUGAUUCCGACGUUAUGGAUGCAAAAAUGAUGACAGUAGAUUACGUUUCCAAGUAUACAAGUUUGUUGAGUAAACAAUUGUACAACGAUCAAAGAGCUUUGGCCCCCUUAAGGGUUUCUAUUUUAUGUUCUCAGCACAAUCAAAACAGUCAACUAGAUGAAAUCAAAUCUAUGAACCCAGAGAACUGUUGUCAAUAUUGUUUAACUCCUUGGAAGUAUGGCAAUUUUAUUUUGAAAACUCUUCCAAAACGAAAAUAUAAAAAUGGUAAAAUUCAAAAAAAGCAUUCUACAGUUUUUAAUAUAAUAAUGAAAUGCUUGGUGUGUUUAAAUAAAGCCAGUUCAGAGUACAAGAAGACCAAAAUAUUAAAUAAAAAAUCUACUAAAAAAUUUUCAAAAAAUGCAGCACUAAAUAAAAGUAUUGACAAAACAUCAAAAACUGAAGAAAAAGUUGAAACAAUAGUUAAUAAAAAUGCAACAGUGAAUAAAAGCAUUGACAAAAUAUCAAAAACCGAAGAAAAAGUUGGAACAAUAGUUGAAAAAAAACCAAAGAAAAAAAAAAGAACCUUGUAUGCUGGCUUAAACCCAUUAGUUUUUAAAAAUUUAAAAAAGAACAUGCCCAACAAAAAAAAUAAUAAUGAUAAAAAAAAAUCUAACAAUGAAAUUGUACAUAAUUACAAAUAAAAUCUUCUAUGUAAUUAAA